GGAUGGAUGGGGGUGUGUAUGGAUGAAUGGGUGGACAGAUGGGCAGAUGGUUGGUUCAACUGGAGGUGCAGAUGGCACAGGUCCUUGGAGUCCAGCCCUUUACUGAUGGGCUGGGGAAUGGAGGUCCAGGGGAGGAGGGGCUGCCUGAGGUCAGCCAGGGACUGAUGGACUCAGAGGAGCCUGCUCUUCUGCCUGCCUGUCUGGGGUUCCAGUUUAGAAACUAGGGCAGAGCAACUGUUACUUUGGCCCAAGGUCCUGACAUUUAGAAGGGGCAAGAAGUUUAGAGGGGUGCACACAUUCUUGGCACAUGCCUCUUCCAACUCCUUCUACAGCCAUCUUGGGCACAGAGACACACACAUGCAUGUGGGCCAGCCUGGUGGGCAUCCACCAAGACGGACAGCCUCAGUGGCUCCAGAUCAAUGCAAAGCUCCCGCUGACCGGGGCCUCUUCCUCGCCAGUUAAUAUUCUCCACCUUUUAUGAGAAGAGGACCUGCAGGGCUCAUGUUUCAAGCUGCUUUCGGGGGGCCACCAAAGGGGGUACAGGACUGGGCAGGGUGACUCUGUCAAGCCCCUGCUCUCAGGGAACAAAGGACUCAGGGAUCCCACCUUGCUCUUACCAACAGAUCCCUUUCAUAAGUCCUGGAUGGCCCCCGAAGCCCUCAACUUCUCCUUUAGCCAGAAAUCAGACAUUUGGUCCCUGGGCUGCAUCGUUCUGGACAUGACCAGCUGCUCCUUCAUGGAUGGCACAGAAGCCAUGCAUCUGCGAAAGUCCCUCCGCCAGAGCCCAGGCAGCCUGAAGGGCAUCCUGAAGACAAUGGAGGAGAAGCAAAUCCCGGAUGCAGAAACCUUCCGGAACCUUCUGCCCUUGAUGCUCCAGAUCAACCCCUCAGAUCGAAUAACGAUAAAGGAUGUGGUGCACAUCACCUUCGUGAGCGGCUCCUUCAAGUCCUCCUGCAUCUCGCUGACCCUGCACCGACAGAUGCUGCCUGUGUCCUUCACCGACAUGCUCUUAGCAGGCAACGUGGCCAGCAUUUUAGAGGUCAUGCAGAACUUCUCUAGCUGGCCCGAAGUCCAGCUCAGGGCCUUGAAGAGGUUUCUGAAAAUGCCUGCAGAUCAGCUAGGUCUGCCGUGGCCCCCGGAGCUGGUGGAAGUGGUGCUCACAACCAUGGAGCUGCACGACAGGGUCCUCGACAUCCAGUUAUGCGCCUGCUCCCUGCUGCUGCACCUCCUGGGUCAAGCGCUGGUGCUUGACCCGGAAGCUAAGGUUCCCUGCAACCAAGCCAUCACCUCCACCCUGCUGCGAUGUCUUCGGAGCCACCCUGAGGAGGAGCAGCUUCUGGUCAUGGUCUACAGCCUGCUGGCCAUCACCACAACCCAGGAGUCGGUGUCAGAGGAGCUGCAGAACGCCGGGCUGCUAGACCACAUACUGGAGCACCUGCACAGCUCCCUCCAAAGGAGGGACGUCUGCGUCAGCGGCCUGGGCCUGCUCUGGGCCCUCCUGCUGGACGCUGUCAUUGUGAACAAGGGUCCCUUGGAGGAGGUCCCGGACCUCAUCAGCCAGGUGUUGGCCACCUACCCUGCGGAUGCGGAAAUGGCGGAAGCCAGCUGUGCAGUCUUCUGGCUGCUGUCCCUGCUGGGCUGCAUCAAGGAGCAGCAGUUUGAACAAGUGGUGGCGCUGCUCCUGCAGAGUGUCCGGCUGUGCCAGGACAGAGUCCGGCUGGUGAACAGUGCCUACCAGGGACUGGCCAGCCUGGUGAAGGUGUCAGAGCUGGCGGCCUUCAAGGUGGUGGUGCAGGAGGAGGGUGGCAGCGGCCUCAGUCUUAUCAAGGAGACCUACCAGCUCCAUAGGGACGACCCGGAGGUGGUGGAGAACGUGGCCAUGCUGCUGGUCCACCUAGCUUCCUACGAGGAGAUCCUGCCAGAGCUAGUGUCCAGUGGCAUGAAGGCCCUGGUCCAGGAGAUCAAGGAGCGCUUCACGUCCAGCCAGGAGCUGGUUUCUUAUGCAAAAAAAGUGCACCUGAGGCUGGAGGCGGCCACCUCUCUCAGCCCCCUGGGCGGGGAAGCUGCUCAGCCCUGAUGCUGGAGAGAAGACAGACACCUCAGAGGCCCCUCCUCCACGGGUGCCCACUCCCUGCCCUUCCUUCCCGUGGGCCACUGUUUCCCUUGGGUCGGGGGAAGUGUCGCCCGGGCCCAGCGUGCACACCUCACACUCCUCUCAGGGGACUAAUAAAGAGGCCCAAGGCCAGUUUCCACAGUAA